GACAUCUCUGCGACGUUGGUGUGCCGGCUGGGCUCUAUCAAUAGUUUUGAUGUACAGAGCUCUACAAAACUGUGCACAGCACCGUUUUUGAACAUUAAUUAAAGCUCAAACGAAAUUAAAGAAGAGUAAAUUACACUGUACCACAAUCAUACAGGUUCUUAUUUGCUUCAUUAUGGUACCAUCUUAUUUUUAUCGCAUCCCUGAAAUUACUCGCUGCUAACUCUUCAAAAAAUAUGCAUAGUCUCCAAGGCACAGCCACUAGUUUCGCCUUGGUGUUCCCCAAAUAAGGAAGUUUAGUCCUGGGAAUAAGGUUGGUCUCUGAUGCUUUUAACCAGGCCAUUAUUAUUGAAAGGAAUGAAAAAAUAUUUGAGUUGAUUACGAUUCGUAAAAAUAGCUUUCAGUCGACUAUCUUAAAUUUUUUUAAAUUUAAUUACUUGGUAACGCUUUUUAAGUUUGCUGAGCUUAAAAUGAUUGAUCAUUCCAAAUCAAUGUCAUAUCGAAAACACGCGAUGCCUUCAAGAAUGAUGACGAGGAAAAGACACGUUGCAUUCCGUAUACAACUUUGUUCCCAAGGCAUUUUGCCUUAUUGAUAAGUUGAUAGCAGGGAAAAACUCCGUCAUAACAGCUCAGGGUCCACAAGAGUCUGGGUACGCGGUUGUUUGGUAUAAUGUGAAAAAAAACUAAAAAAUAACUAAAAACAACUUUGGUCAAGUUGAUGUUAAAUGUGGUCAACCUCGUUGCCCUUGGGGACGAGGUUGACUCACUACUAUACUAUGUCCAAAUCAGAUACAGUUUUUAUCAGUUUUGAUAGUUAUAUUGUGAUGUAUUGGCUGAAGGGUUCGCUUAUUCAUUGGUGGAUUUCUAAUUAAGUAUAUUUUUCAUAGAAAGUGUAAUAGAAAGCUUAGCAUUUUAUUGAUUUUCUCUUUUUAACUAAAUGGUACAUUGGGGUAGAGGGGUUUAAGAUUGAAAUAUUUACACGACCAUGUGACCUUUACAUGUUGGGCAGUGGCUGAUGUAAUCCACAGAACGCAUGAAACUGCAGACUUUACCGAACAAUACAACAAACGUGGAAAUAUAUCUUUAAAGGCGGAACUUUUCCAGAAUCAGUUGUUGCAAUUUGACGAAAUCCGUGGCCUAACUUCUUAAAUUUCAUGUCGCUAAAAUAUUUUAAUGUACUUUAAAAUGGGUUUAAAUACUAAAAACUCAGGGAUAAAAUAGGAACAGUUUAAGGCUGAACAAGUAGGUAAUCUUUGUAUUCAACGAAUUAAAAUGGUUAUCUGCUUAUGACUUUGUGAUUAACACAGCUUGCGUUAUUGAUUAAUACGGGAUUAUCCAUGUGAAAAUCAAAAUCAUAAUUAAUGGGUAGCUGAUGUGACAAAAUUAUUUUGAAAAUCACAAGUUCUAUGCUUCACCAAGUCUCUGCGAAUUGUGUCUGAACAUCAUUUCGUAUAUCUAAACGGUAAUGUAUACGUUUUUUAUCAGAACCAGUAAAAUUAAACCUAAGGCUGGUUGUUCUUAUUUUCGAGCCUUUUUUUACCCUUAUUUGUUCUCAUUUUGUUCUACACAAAAACUUCAAAGCCUCCUUUUAUUCUUAGUUAUGGAAAACGUAUAGGUUCAUAAUAGAAAAGGGAGUGUUUUUGUUGCUGAAAAAACUUUAAAACUGUGUCAUGUACAAGAGGUUGUUCACAAAUGAUUCAACUGUUACAGGGAGAGGGGAGUUAAGGGUAAAGUUGGCGCUGACAGUGAAGAGGAGUGAAAGGUGACACAACUUUUGAUUUUCUAAUUAAGAAAGUUGAAUUAAUUAGAUCAGUGUACACAUUAGGUGUAAACGUUGUUUACACCUAAUGUGUUAACUGAAUCAGCAGCGUGUGAAAAUCCUUCCCGUGUUGUUAUUUUUGGAUUUUUGUUCCAAAGUUCACUUAAAAUAGACUUAAUGGGUUUCUUUCCAAAUGACGAUGUCAACUCAGAGGGGGUAAUGUAGUUGAUCAAGUGGCGAGGGAUUGUUGGUCACAAUUUUUAAAACAAUCCCAUAUGAUAUUUUAACAUAAGAACAAAGCAAACAAGGGGCAUUUUAAAAUUUGACAAGCCUAAAUUCGGUAAGCUCACAAACUUCGUGUGUGAUAAGAUGACAUAUUAAGACCUUGUUUCUUAUAUUUUUGGUGUUCCCAAAACAGGUUUCUGUUUCUUAUUAAAAAAGCGUGUGUUUUGCGUGUUUCUGUUAAUUAGUGUUACAUGUUUCAGUUCAAACUGACGCAUUUGUCAAAGUUUGUUUAUAGUUUUGCGCCAGAUUUCUUUAUUGAAUUACAGGAUACAUGUCAAUUUCUUUUACAUAUGAUUUCCGCGGGUUUUCUUUGCUUUUUGUUUAGGUCAGAAUAACAUCAUUCUCUCUAUUUCACCAUCUUGUUUCACGAGCUCAAAAAUCUUCUCCAUCCUUUACCAUAGAGUCAAACUUGGCUCGGAAAAGACUCUUGCUUGUCUGUCAGUUUACAAAAGGAAUUUAGAAUCCAAAAGCUGGUUGAGGUGCGACGCAAUUUUAAUCUCAAAGAAAACCGGAAUAAAAAAAGUGUUUUUGGACAUGCAAUGUACACUUUCAAUGUGUGAAGACAUUCCAGUGAACUGCGAAUAUUUAUAAAAUGGUAGCAAAAACGAAACAAAACUUUACAUCAGCUCUUACGUAAGACACUCGCCAUUACUUGGUGGUAGAACUGUAGUUGCUAAGACACUGUUAAGACUAAGUUUUAAAUAUUUGCACAUACUAAACAGUGAACAAAUAAAAAUUAAAUUAAAUGAAUGUACAAUUAAAUUAUAAAUAGUUUUAUUUGGUAACCUUGAUGUAAGCAAACGAGUUCAUUUCCAGGAUGUUUUGUGAAAAGCAAUUUUUCACUUUUUCAUUAAACGCUGUCAGAUCGUACUAAGAUCGCAAGAUAUGUUAGAUAUACAUGAUUUAAACUACGUAUACUGAUAGAUUUUUAUAACAAACAAUCAACCUUAGAGGAUAGAGAAAUAGAGUUUGGUUGGUUCUUUCUAGUAGAACCAACUGGGAUGGUAAAUUAUUAGCUAAUCUAUUUUUAGUGAUUUGUAUAUAAAGAAAUUAAAAAGGAGCUUUUUGUUAAAGAAAAGUAAAAUUUCAUCAAACUAAAGUGAUGACAUCUGGUCGUUUAAGAAAAAUUUUUUAAAAAACUAUUCACUUGACGAUUAAAAUCUGUCACAUAUUCCCCAUUGCGUUGAAAUAAUAAAAUUAUCUUCGGUUAAAUUUAUCUUUUGUUUUUCCACAUAAUAGUCAAUAUUAUUCUGUUCUGUUUUAAAACGUUUUUUUAAUGCAUCGACUUUCCUAAAUGGGUCAGUCUUACUUAAUCAAUAUAUGAAACGCGGCGUUGAGAAUUUCAGUAUAUUAUUUUUGAAACUUUUUUUAAUGUUUUUUACAUUUGUUUUAGAUUUAGAGUUGAUAAUAUAUUGAGUUGGAAAGCAGAAGUGGUAAAGCUUGAAACUUGAAGUUUUAGAAGAACAAAAGUAGGAUUUGUUUUUUAUAAGUUAUCACAUUUACAAAAGUGUAUCUUUAUUUGAAGUAAGAAAAUUCUUUUCCCUUAGUGUUACUAUUACAGACAAUGGAUUUCGUAUACAAACAGAGCUUAUCUUUUUUGCGUGCUGUGGAUAUUAAAAUAUUUUAGGACUUAUAGAGAAAAAUGAAGGAAAUGAAGAAAAAAGAAAAAGAAGAAAAAAGAAAAAAAAAGAAUCGCAGAAAAAAUUCUAUAUGGUAUUUUCUCUAUUAAACAUUAGAAGAUUAAGAUGUGGGGCUCGUAAAUUCUAUUAACGUCUGCAACACUUGGAGUUACGGUGUUGCGAUACACAAAUAAUUUAUUUGCGCAGUUAUUUUGCGACGUUAUUUAAAGCCUUCUACACUCAUGCACAUUGCGUUACCGUUUUUUCAGCAAUUACCAAUGCAUGCCGUCAAAUUAUACAUAAUUUGAUUAAAAUUUCGUUUCGUUUCGUUUUCGUACAAAGACGCUAAAAUUAAAGAUUAAAGAUUAUUGACUCAAAGAUUUGCGUUGCCGUAUUUUCAUGCGUUUACAUUAAUCAUAGAAAGCCAUUAAAUUUUUUCGCUUACUGGUCAUGCGUAAUAUGAUUUUCUAAAAAUACCGUUGUGUUUACACGAAGUAAAACCUUCUCCAGGUUAGAUUUCCUUUUCGAAUUUACCCUUUCCAUCAGAAUUUCACCCAAAAAACGAACAAUUUUUUUAAAAAAUGGGUGUAAACACUAUUCGGAAAAUUUUCUAUUUUUAGUAACAUGACUAAUGAAAAUAGAAGAAUUUGCUCCAGUGUAAACGCAGUAUAAGUGAAGACAAUUGGCUUAAAAUUACGGAAGAAUGAUAAAUUCGUAGUACUUUUUUUGCGCGAAAAAAAUAAAUAAAAAAAUUACAAAACCUUUUUCUUUAAUGAGAUAAGAAAAUGAAGUAUAAAAAGGAUAUAAAGAGAAUUUUUUUAAUCAUAUGCGCCAUUUUUUUUACUUUGCUUGGCAUGUGCAAGUGCGGCGACAUGCUGUAGUUGAAAAUACUCAUAGAGGAUCAGCUGGUUUUAUUUUAUAUUUCCUAAUUUAAAACUCUUAAAACAGCUAUAUAUACCGUUAGAGCAAUUCCUUUUAAAACUUAUUAAAUCGGAUUGCUAAAAAAAAGGCUUAUUAUAUGAAACAUGUGAAAAUUUUUGUCACGCAUUUUUUCUUUUGGUCUUCUAGCUGUUCGCGUCUAGAUUCAGUAAAAAGUUUGAGAGGGAUGAAUAAUUCCACGAUUGGUGCAUAUGGCCAUAAAUUGGGCACACCAUUUGCAACAUCGAUGGCUAUAUAUUUCAUCUUCUUAACCAUACUUGGUAUAACAUCCAACAUGGCGCUUAUUUACAUAAUCGUAGCCGCAAAAAGGCUUCACACUAUUGCAAAUGUGUUCAUUGUCAAUUUAGCAGUGUGUGAUUUAAUAAUGGCAGCUUUGAUCAUGCCAUUCGAUGCGGAAUUCUUAUUGCGUGGAUAUUAUUCUCAUGGAGACAUACUUUGUGGCUUUAAAGAAGUUGCUUUAAUGUUUUCCUUACCGUCAUCUGUAGUUAACUUGUUGUUAUUAACGUUAGAACGCUUUAUAACGGUAACAUUUUCAUUCCAAAGACAUAUUAUAUUUUCAAAACGGAAUAUUGCGUUAUUGAUUUUCGUAUCGUGGUCAUAUACAUUAUUGGUGGCCAUCUACCCUUUAAUGCACAAAACUCACAUUGUGUUUGUUGAGCAAGGUUUUUGCUGGAUGGAGAUACCAUUCGAAUACGUUCUGUAUCAGCUCUCUGCAAACUUUCUGGCCCCGUUAUUAUGUAUCAUCAUACUAAAUAUUCUGUUAUUCAAAGUUGCAAGUAAACAUGAAAUUGCCAUUCGAAAUCAAAUCCAAACAUCACAGCGAAACCAGUCAAUGUUGUCGUAUAUUGCGAACAUGAAAGCAGCCAAAACUGUUUUGUUGUUAGUUGGUGUGUUCACAUUCUGUUGGUUAACUUUCAUCAUCUUAGUGACAGCCAACGUCCUCUGCCAUAUUUGCCAUCCAAGGGAAGUGACAUGGACAGGCAAUGCAGUAAACUACCUAAGCGUAGCAUUGAACCCUUUGUUGUUUGGUCUCAGGAAUAAACAUAUACGGAAGGAAAUGGUUCGAAAGAUUUCAAGCAUUAGCUAUUUUAGUAAAUGGUCAAAAAAGGCGAAUUCACAUUCUGAAUUUACUGCGGCUACUUUCUAUUGCGCCGCUAAUCCUGAAUCCGCUAAUUCAUUAUUACCGAGAACACCGAGGACAUCUGCCAACACGGUUGAAAGCACGAAAUCCUUAUGUUAAUAUUUUGUCAUGACAUAGAUGAUCUUUGUAAAUAUGUAACCCUUCCUAUAUUAGCAUGUUAAUGUUUUCGUUUUGCUAUAAUUUGAAUAGUGGUUAUUUCCGUCUGUAAA